AUGGAUGUUAUAAACUACCUGUGUUGCAAUAUGGAUGUUAUGAACUACCUGUGUUACAAUAUGGAUAUUAUAAACCACCUGUGUUACAAUAUGGAUGUUAUAAACCACCUGUGUUGCAAUAUGGAUGUUAUGAACUACCUGUGUUACAAUAUGGAUAUUAUAAACCACCUGUGUUACAAUAUGGAUGUUAUAAACCACCUGUGUUGCAAUAUGGAUGUUAUGAACUACCUGUGUUACAAUAUGGAUGUUAUGAACUACCUGUGUUACAAUAUGGAUGUUAUGAACUACCUUUGUUACAAUAUGGAUGUUAUGAACUACCUGUGUUACAAUAUGGAUGUUAUGAACUACCUGUGUUACAAUAUGGAUGUUAUAAACCACCUGUGUUACAAUAUGGAUGUUAUAAACUACCUGUGUUACAAUAUGGAUGUUAUAAACCACCUGUGUUACAAUAUGGAUGUUAUAAACCACCUGUGUUACAAUAUGGAUGUUAUAAACUACCUGUGUUACAAUAUGGAUGUUAUGAACUACCUGUGUUACAAUAUGGAUGUUAUGAACUAA